AUGAGCCACUAUCUGGCCGUCCUGCUUGAGUAUUGGGAUAGGGACGAAAAGCUCAAGUUUAUGGACUUGCACAAUAUAGACGUUUCUAUCGUCUCGUACGUCCAAACAGCGCUUCAUAUUCUCUUAACUGGUAUCGCCAUUAGAACCGCCAACCCGUGGCUCGACUUUCUGGACAAGCCUUCCACAGCUUCCCAACUAGCAAACGAAUUAAAUGAGGACCUUGAAAACUACUGUGCAACAUCUCCAGGGGUGGAUGGGUUUGAUACAAUGAAACGUCUCUACGGUUUCGGGCUCCUUCCGCUAAUCAAGGGUAUCGGCACCGAGGACCUCCUGCAAACAGUCAAGCACAUUACGGGUCUGCCCCACUUGAAGGGUAUCAUCAUGGGCACACGAGGUAUUGGAAAGGGGCUAGAUGACCCAGCUCUGGAGCCCCUGUGGGAAGCCCUUAGUAACACGAAGCUUGUGGUUUUCUUGCAUCCUCACUACGGUCUCGGAUCUGGGGCGAAAGAGGCAUGGGGCGACCAAGAAAAUGGCCAUGUGCUCCCACUCGCCAUUGGCUUUCCAGUAGAAACAACCACGGCAAUUACUCGUCUUAUCCUAGCUGGCGUCUAUGAUCGACACCCAGACCUGAAAAUACUGCUCGCACAUUCAGGAGGAGCGCUCCCGCAGCUCUCCUCCAGAAUAGCAUCCUGCAUCAGCCACGACCCAUUGGUUUCCUCGAGACUGAAGCAUGAUGCGAGAUACUACGUCUCUAGGCUCUACUAUGAUGCGGUAAAUUAUGGACCGGAGGAAAUGGGCUUUGUGGCGGACGUAAUCGGUCGAGGCACCGCCUAUUCCAGUAUCCCAGGGGCAAGAGAGGAUCGUCUUGUAGGCUAUAAGCGCAUGCUAUUCGGCACUGACCACCCUUUUUUUCCUCCUCUUGGCAAGGAGGCAAAAUGGGCCAGUGUUCUGGAAAACCUGCAAGCCAUUGACGAAGUUCAGCGUUGGGAGAAAGAACACAAAAACGCCGUACGAGGAGGAAACGCGAUUGAGCUCUUUGGAUUGGGGCAUGAGCAGGGGAAAUAG